GACUGUAUUGUCAAAGAACCAAACAUUAGCGGAACACCGGAACGAAUGUCACUCACGUCAAUCCAUUCACUGAGCUGGAGUAAUAAAGCAUUUUGGGAUUACCUGUUCAUCUUUCUUUUUUUAAACUAUAAUAAUGGCCGAUGGUGAAGAUGAUUAUAUGUCCGAUACGUUCCUCAGUCAAAUACAAGAUGUUAAACCAGGUGUCUCCAUGGUAAGGCGAGUAAAAGAAGCAAUGAAACGGGAAGUAAAGCACAAAGAGAGCAACAUUAAAAACCGUCAAAAAACCUUCAAGGAGCAAGAAAAGGAAAGCCGUGAAACAGCUUUACAGAGUUCCAUCAGUAAUGAUAAUAAGGGAUUUGCACUAUUGCAGAAAAUGGGUUACAAAGCUGGACAAGGCCUUGGAAAACAAGGGGCUGGCAGAGUUGAUCCAAUUCCAUUGAAUAUUAAAACCGACAGAGGUGGCAUCGGGAUGGAAGAGGCAAAGAAGAGAAAAGCUGAGGAGGAGCUGGAUCAGUAUAGAAAGAAAGUACUGGCCAAACAGCAAAAUGAGACCAGAUCACUGGAAGACUUUAGGUCAAGAGUAAGAACCGAGAGAGAGGACCGAAAAAUUGAAGGUGACCUUAGACGAAGUCAGCGAGCCUGUGAGCAGUUGGAUUCUCAGAAGGGCAUCAAAGUCCCCAGGGAAGAAUGGUAUUGGCCUAAAAUAGAGAUUGAAGAGGAGCUAGAUGAGCCUAAGGAAGAAGAAAAGGAAGAAGAUGACAUUUUGGGAUUAACAUCCUUUGAUCAACUGCAAAUACUGACGUCCUAUUUAAGAGGGAUUCAUUUUUACUGCAUAUGGUGUGGAACGGCCUAUAAUGAUGAGGAAGACCUGUUCUCAAACUGUCCCGGGGAUACAGCAGCAGAGCAUGAGUGAUUUUAACAUAAUCAAUAUAUGUACGUAUAGUGUGCAGUAGUUUCAGAGUGAAAGGAACAAUAACAGACAGUAAAAGUAAUGAUGUAUGGAGGGAUUGUUAUAUAUGAUGCUUUUUUGAUUUGUUUUUACAUUUUUUUGUAAUGUUUUAUUUAAAUGAAUAAACAAUUAACAGUACCAUCAUUUCUUGUAAAUGUCUCAGUGUUCCCAUUGAAUUACAUUCGCAGAGUAUAUAUUAUAUACACAAUGUUAUGUAUGUUCAUAUAUUUUCAGAAAAUACUGUUCUUUUGUAAA